AUGAUCUAUAAACUUUAAAAAAAUAUUAUAUUUUGGUCAAUAUUUUUAAAGUAUAAAGUAUUUGAUUUAAAAUUCAUUAUAAUUUUUAUUAUUGUGGAAUUGGAUAAAAAUGAAUCUAUUGAAAUAAACCCUUUAUAGGAAUUUAUUACUAAAUCUAAAAAGUAUUUGGAUGAAAACAAAACCAAUCAUUCUAGAACAGCUGCAAUUUUAAUGGGAAAAACAAGAGUAGGAAAGUCAACUAUAUUUCAUAUUUUGAAAGGUGACGAAUUGGAUAUCAACGCAAAAAGAAAACUAUUUCUGAAGUAGCCAAAUUGCUUAAUUGGAUUAGAUGGAAAGUCUUGCACCAAAACUCCAAAUAUUUACCAUUAUUAAUUUAAAAAUUAGGAUGCUCAAGAUGAAAAUAUAGACAUUAUUGACACUCCAGGAUUCGAUGAUAAUGCUGAUAAAUUAGAUGAUACAAUCUAAUAGAUUCAUUUAUUUAAAAUAUUAAAUUCUUAUAGUAAAGUAAUACUUAUUAUUUUAAUUAAAUUUGAUGAAGAUGAUCGGGCUUCUUAUAGAAGACCACUAUCAUAUGCUUAAGACUUUUUUAAAGAGUAGUAAGAUAUUAAUUUAAUUCUUGAGAAUUUCGGAAUAUGUCUUAUUGUUAAUUAGAUCAAAGAAGACGGAUUAAAUGAUUUUUAACGUUAUAUUGCAGAAGAUAUCUAAGAUUAAGAAAAAAAUAAUAACAAUGAUGAUGGGAAAGAAUCAUAAAAAUAUAAACUUAAAAAAGAUUUCUUAAUAAAAAUAAAAGAAAAUGUAUUUUCAUUAGAGUUUGGGGCAGUAAAAAAUAAAUAAGAAGAUUUAAAAAAAUAGAUAUAUAAUUUUAUUACAAAAAAUAGGAUUAAUUAUAAGAAUGUUUUUUUUAAAAUGAGUCUUACAGAGGCAGGGAAAAUAUUUAUUUAAAAUGUGUUUGGACAAAUUAAGUAUGUAUGUGAGUUAGAAAUAUCAAACACAAUUACAGGAUUCAUUGAGGAAACCAAAAAAUUGACAGAUUUAAAAGAUAAAAAAUAUUUACUAAUAGAUUUUUUUCAAAUUAUUUAAGAAUAAUUUUCAUUAGAAUAUGUUAAAGAUUUGUAUUUUAAUUAUUUUAAACAAAUAUUUUAAAACUAAAUUUAUGACUAAUGUAAAUCUAAGAAACUUGAUGAAUUAGAAUUUUUAUUUUCAAAUAAUAUUAUAUCAAGCGUAUUAAUCAAUUUAAGAGAAACCUUAGAAGAUAAAAAACUUUUGUUUAUUUAACUCAAAGAUAUUAAAAAAAAAGUUUGGAAUGAAAUAAAAGAUAUUUAAAUUUAAAUAUAAAAUACAAUAAAACUUAAUGAAACAGAGGAACUGAUAUUUAAUGCUGUUGAGAAAAGCAUAAAAAGGUUUUAAAAUCUUUUUAAUUGGGAUAGAUUGCUUAUUUUUCUUGGAAAUCCUUAAUCGGGUAAAAGUUCAACUAUAAACUUUUUGUAUAAACAAAAGUUAAUUGAGAAGCAAUCUCUUUUGCCUUUCAUUAUGUAAACGCAUUUUGAAGAAAUUUAAAAUGAAAAUAUAAUCGAGUUUGGAUCUAUAGAGUAAGACUAAAUCAUCGAAUUUUAGGAAUUUUCAUAUGAUUACAUUUUAUUGCUUUAAUAUUUUGUUUUCUUAAGUUAAAAAAAAAAUAAGGAAUGUUUUAUAUUUAUUGUAAUGAGGGAAGGUUAAGAAUUAAAUUAAAAGAUAUAGUUUGGCUUAGAAACGUUUUUAAAUUUAAAUAGAAUAUAAAAAAAUGAUGUUUUCAACUUCAUAAAUUUCAAAGUUGAAUAAUAAUCUAAUGAUAAAAUUAUUGUGAGUUUAAAUAAUCAAAUAAUUUAAUUAGAUAGAAAUUUCUUUACCAAUUUUUAAAAUAUAUCAUUAUUUUAAAAAAAUAAUAUGCCAAAUUUUAAAGGUUUUCCAAAAAUUCAGAUAAAUGAUUGGAUUUUGAACAUUAUACUAGAACCAUACAAUAGAAAAAUUAAUUCUAUAAUUGAAUCAUUUAAAGAGAAAGUUGUUAAACUUAUUGAUUCACAUAAAUUUUUUCCAGAAUAAAUAAAAAAUUAGAAUCUAUUGCUUUUGAUUAAAUUAAUCGAAUUAAAUCCAGAAAAAGAAAAAAUCGAAUUUUUAGAAGAAAUUUAAGAUUGUUUAAAAUUAAUUAGAAAUGAGGAUAAAUUAUUAAUUGAAAAUGAGUUUAGAAUUAAUAGAGAUAAAGACAAUUAUGAAAUAAUAAAAAUUAUAUUUAAAACCCUAAUACGUUAAUACAACAUAGCAAGUUUAAUAGUUUAAGUUUGCCAAGAUUGUGAGGAAAUGUUUUAAAAUGUUGAUUAAAUUAUUCAUUAUUGUGAAUAAUAAUAUGCAGAAAAAGAUUAAAUGUUUAUUUUCAGAUUUUUGAAAAAAUGUUAAAAAAUUAAUUCUGAAUUUCUAAGUGGUUAAGAAUUAUAAAGUAUUGAUAUUUUAGAAUCUAUUUAUAAUAUAUUAGAAGAAGAUCUUUUAAAGAAAGAAUAGGAGUAGCGUUUUUAAUUGCAGAUGAAUUUUUAAUAAUGGAUGGAGUUUAAUUUGAUAAAAACUAAAUAAAUACUUCCAUAAUAUGAAUUUUAUGAAUUGCCUAAAGAAUUAAAUUCAUUCUAAUCAGAAUUACUAAAUUUUAUUCAUUUAAUGUAAGAAUUGUUAAAAUUUAUAGAAAAUACUUAGAAAAAUGGUUAUGAAUUUUCUAAUUCUUGGUUUCCUUUUAAUAUAAUUUAUUUGGUUUAAUCUAUUUUUUAAGAUAACAAUAACAAUAAAGAAUAGAAAAGGAUUAUAGAAAACAUAAAUAAAGCUCAUCAGAAUAUAAUGUAAAAAAUAAAUUAAAUGAAGAAUAUUUAGUGGAGAAGAACAGCUUAUGCUCGCUUUUCAAAUAACCCAUUUUUAGAGAAUUGUUUUAAAAUUUAGUUUAGCAAGGAAGAAAAUAAAACUGAAAAAAGAAAAAAUAAUUUAAACGAAAUCGACCUAUAAUAAAACAUUAAUGAAAUAGAUCCAUUAAAUUAUUAAUAAUUAAAAUAUUACCAUUACUUUUAUUAAAAUUAGAGAAACAUUUUACAAAGAAUAUAGUUUCCAUAAAAUUUCUAUAAUAAUUAUAAUAUUUAUAUGGAAUAAAAAAGUUAAGAAUUUAGAAUAGCCUAAGAAUGGUUAGAAAAAUAAAAAGAUAAUUUUUAAAAAAAUUGCUAUAAUUCUUUUAAUGUAUAGAACCAAAAUAAAAUUUAAGAAUUUUUAUAAGCCGAGAACUAUUUUUAAGGCCAAUUUGAAUGA